GUCUGCGCAUUCGUCGACGUUUCUUCCGAGGUUGCGGAGAGUUGGAUUCGACACGGAGUUUACGGGAACAUAGACAUUCCGAUACGGUCUUUCGAGGUUAAUCAAAAUGCCUCCCAGACGCGGUUCCGUCAGGCAGAGCGGGUCAACGCCUCGCGCUGAGGGCGCUCUUUCAUACUUUCAACACCAAUUGAUAUCGGACAGUCGAACACAAGCCUUGCCCAACCUUCCUACUAGACAAUCAUUUGCAUAUGGCUCGGCUGAAACGCCACUCCUUCCCCGGCAGCUGGUCCUCAACCCUCAUAUGGAUUUGGUUGAAAUGGCCGGCCAGAUCGAGAAGGGUAUUGAGGAUGCAAAAGACCGGGAGCAAAGGGAAAGUGCGUCGACUGCGGAUCGUAGUCGCCGACGCAGGUCCUCGUCGGCUAAUAUGUCACCGAUACGAAGAACACGCCGCGAGCCAACUCCUGACCAAACGCAACUACUCGAAUCACUCCGUGAUGCGACAAGAUCCCCCAGUCCUAUCAAUGAUUACCACCCAAACGACCAGUCUACUGCAACUCCUACCCCUCCGAUUCCGCAUACUAUAUCGACCACUUCAAGUCCCGCACUGGACCCUGUCCCAGAAUCUCGAUAUCCCCAUGUACCUGCUGACAAGCUAUACCCGUCGCCGCUGUUGCGCUCGGGAGUUCCGGCGCAUGACGAGCCGCCAUUGAGCAGCUUGUCUGGACUUGACAAUGAGUCCGUAAUCUCAUACUCGAUCGAGCGAGAUAUUCAUGACGACGACUUGCGGCGGACAUUGUCCGAUGGCAAGAAUAUAACUGCACCUCCUCGCCGGGUCUCUGGAAUGGCAUUUGUUAAAGAUGUAUCGACUAUUCACGAAGAGGAGGAACCAGACUCAAGACUUUCUCAGUACAAGUCAUCACCGUUGAAAUCACCUCCUGUGAAGCCCCUUCACCCGCUGAAAUCGGUAGUGACCCAGAAGGCGCCUUCUCCGGAGAGAUCUCCAUCGCCGUCGAAGUCACCUUCACCUCCGAAAUCACCAUCACUUGCCAGAUCAUCAUCGCCUUGGAGGUCUCUCUCACUCUCAAAGUCACCUUCACCUCUUCCACAUUCAUCGCCUCAGAGAGUACCAUCAAAGGCUCCGACUCCCAAGAAGUCGCCGCUACCCCAGAAGACACCAACUCCCAAAAAGGCGUCGCUCCCACCAAUGGCACCAUCACCCGCGAAGUCGUCUCCUUCCUCGCCAGUGCUUGAAGAAGGUGCGAUGGAAACUACACCGGAGCCCGAUUGGGAACCGCAACCAGAGUUUCUUAGAGAGGACUCCCCUGUGACCCAACCGUCAGCCCCUACCAAAACUGUCAUUCCUCACUUUCACACAGACGAGGGAUCUGCUAGGGAACAAUCAGCGCUCAACCGGCAGUCGCUCUUUAAUGAAUGGCCUGAUGUCGGGCGUUCUACGCGUGAGAAAUUAUCCACGGUCGGUCGAAUCAUUGCGCUGUUGGCACUGGCGAUAGUGGUCCUGACUAGUUCUAACUACCUGGGCGGAAUGAUUCCAUUCGGUCAAACCCGGUAUUAUGGACCAGUGAACGGGACGGGCCUAGAUGCGAUCAGCAGUCUCAGCGCACAGAUGUCCAGACUAGGCUCACAGGUAUCAACUCUAUCGAGGGACAUCAAAACAGUCAAAGCCGAUCUUCGAGCACAGCCGACAAAAGGUGUAUCCACUGGGACACUUCUUGGCACGUACAUUCCGAAAACUAACUUCUUAGCUGUACCACUUGGGAUUUUAAUUGACCCUCACAAAACGAAUCCGACUGUGCAGCAGGUCGGUUUCAGGAGGAAAGUGUACAGUUACUUUAUGGAAGAGAAUUUUCGCCGCCCGCAACCCCCGUUGUCCGUCGCGACAGCGUGGGAAGAUAUUGGAGACUGCUGGUGCAGCGUCCCGCGCGACGGGAUGACCCAAGUUGGUGUUCUUCUUGGUUAUCGAAUCGUCCCUGAAGAAAUUGUUAUUGAGCAUGUUCCCAAAGCAGCGGCACUGAACCCUGGACUUGCUCCCCGAGACAUGGAGCUCUGGGUCCGAUUUCGCCGCGUUAAAAACGACACCUUGGUUUAUCCUGAUCAGACGUGGAGUAACUAUCUCACGUCCAAAGCCAACCCGAUGCCUCGCCCCAAGAAUAUCGCCGGGCAGGACAACUUGUUCAAUGAUGAGCGUUUCGUCUUGCAUGAGCCCGUUAUGCAUGCACUUCAGCUGGCCUACCCCGGCGAAUCGGAAGAAGCCUACUGGGGUCAGUAUGACGAGUGGCUCGGGCCAGCUUGGUAUCGUGUCGGAAGAUGGACUUACGAUAUCAACUCGGAUCAGCAUGCGCAACGUUUUAUCCUUGAUGCUGUGAUCGAUGACCCAGAGAUUCGCGUGGAUAAGGUCGUCAUUCGCGCGAAGAACAACUGGGGGGCCGAUAAAACAUGUAUUUAUCGGGUGAAGUUGUUCGGCAAAAAGUAGUCUCGUAUGCUACUUUCUACCUUUUUCUUGUCUCCUUCUCGUUGCUGGUAUUUCCACUUCUCUUAUUUCUCUUGUGACAUUUUA